ACCUUGCUUGGCUCCCCCUUCAAGAAUUUUCUACACCCACCCCUGAUUGUGACAUCUGGAAUAAAAUUUUGGAUAUACUCUCCAAAAGAAUAAGUUAGUAAGUUCUCAUGGAACCUCUCCCCUGUCUCAUGCUCGUGCCUGGUUGACUUUACAUUAUCACUUCAUGUGACUUCGCGCCACUGUAAGAAUCUUAAAGUAAUCCUUUCAAGGAGGGAUUUAUCUUAAAGCUGAGACAGGACCUGAGCUCUGCAGGUAAGAUCACGGUGUGAGGUUGACCAGCAGCCAGCUGGUGCAGUAAUAGGAGUAAGACGUCAGCGUGAAGAUCUUGGGCUUUCAGUUUAAAAAAUGGGGCACUCAUCUUUUCUUUUCGUUACACUUGCGAUGUCUGUCUGUUCAUUUGGAAGCGUUCUUCAAACUUCAUAUUCACUAGACAUUUCUGGUUCAGUGGAGCCACCUCAAAGCACAGGCAGAAAUAUUAACGGUCUGGAUGGUGCAGCCAGUGAAGUAAUUUUUUAUUCAGACAGCUCUGUGGAGGGCAGCGGACAUAGUGCCGAUAGUGUGGCCUCACCACAACUCAGCAAUGAGACUGUCAUCUCAGAGGAUCCUCAGCGAGUGAGCAAUGCAAAUUCUGGGCCUGGAAUGACAUUCACAUCAAGAGCAGUACUUCCUGUGCACCACUCAGAGGCCCACAAACAAGAGGCUGACAAAGCUGAUGCUUCAAUUACAGGAUACUCUCAGUCCACUUCGGCUUCACAGGAAGCUCUACUGGAAAGCAGCCACAUAACAGCGGAAAAACAUUUGAAAGACAGUCAUGCAUCUACUUUGAAAUAUGACACUCUGACUGGUGGGGACCGUGCUGAACUACCAGUCCAAACCAGUGUGUUUACCUUCAUGACAAAUCACAACCUGGCUGGACCUGAAGAUCCCUGCAUGCUCGGCACUACACACUGUACUGUUUUUACAAACUUCAAUGGCACAACUCUACUCUGGGAUGACAUGAGGCGCACACUGGCAUUUGCAUGGGAGCUGCACGUCUUUGGAUCGGCCAGCCUUUUUUCACUGAUGGCAGCCCUGGCAGUUUUGGGAAUGGCUGGAGCAUGGACUCUUCCUCAUCCCCUGUGUGAUGCCCUGACCUUGUCAAAUACUCUGCUAAUUAUGGCUGGUGUUUUACGAACUGUACUCCUUCUGCUUGAUCCUUAUGGCACCCGCCAGAUCCUGCCUCAUGCCACAUUGGCGGCUCUGCAUAAUAUUCCUUUGCACCUUCUUCUGUGGUCACAGGUAGUCCUCACUUUAGUCACGCUCAGGGGGUUAAAGUUAUUACUUUUCCCAUCAAAGCUGCAGCGCCCAUGGGUGGUUGGGUGGGUCGGUAUGUCCCACUGCACUGCACUACUUGUAACAGACCUAUACGCUUCUACUUUGUCCCCUGCUCUCCCUCUUUUGCUGCACACCCUCUCCCUCUUGUGGGGCAUCCCUUUUUGCAUGGAAGUCCUUACGAAGUCCCUCUCCAAUCUUCAUCCCUUCCUUAGUUCCUCUGUACCACAGUGGGUUGCCUCACAGAGGACAGAGAGGCUUGGAAGGCGAGUAAUAGCAGUGUGUGCUUUCCUUGGGGUGCUCUGUUGUAGCCUUCAGGUGUAUAGUCUCCUUUGGCUUUAUGGGUUACUGGGAAACUGGAGGCUCUUUGGUUGGGGCUGGUGGCUCAGUCAGUUUUGGGCCAGAAUUCUUGAGGUAGCAUGGGGAUUCUCUUUGCUCUUCCUGGGGUCUUGGAUUUUCUGGACACCAUCUAUAAGUCAUGUAAGAGGUGAUCAUGGGCAGGGUAAAGGCGAGGAGUCUAACAGGGUAGAAGAAAAGAACUUGUGGUGUAAAGUCAUGGACACCAUGCAGAAAGGCUCAUUGAUAAAAUCAGAGAAAUCCUGGGAAGAACUGAUACCAAACAACUGGACAAAGUAUAAAUUGUCUAGAGCAGGCAUCAGCAACAAUGCAAUGUCUCUGCAUGAUAACGAACCAGCCGCCAUGAAACCAGAAUACAACCCAGAUCCUGUUAGCAGCAGCAGCUCUGACUCUCAGGCUGCAUUACUGUGGCAAAAAGUCAGUGAGCGAGAAUGUGUUCUUUCACUUAUAGAGUUUGACAUGCGGCCCCCAUCUCCUAUUAACCUCAGGCGCAGCAUUGACAAUGCCCUUUAUCAUGGGCAGCUUGUAGCGGGAGGUCUGUUCACACCUCCGCCUCCCUCUUGGACUCAAACUAUGAAUAUAGAUGGAGACAGCAGUCCAAUAAUAUUCCCCCCAGCUUAUGUCAGCUAUGGGUGGAUGCCAGAUACAGAGUCUAUAUCUGCAUCUCUUGACCAUUUCCAAGCCAACGAGUCAGCACAGUCAGUUAGUGCUACACCAGAUUGUAACGGCAGUACUGGGUCUCCAGCUGCUGCACAAGAGGGAGAAGACUCCUCAGCAGUAAUGUGUCAGCAUGACUGGUCUGAUGAUGACAUCACAGAUCUCUGAGCUGUACUUUAAAUUAGGAGCACCCCGACUUAUAAUAAUCCAGUCAUUAUGAACUAAUACAAUCAUGCAGUGUAGAAUUUAUUGCCACAUCUGACAUCUGACAAUGUCAUCUGACUCAUGUUCUGUGGGUAUAAUAUUGGCAUAAAGGGAAUAUAUUGGAUGUAUUUGGCAUAGGACAUUAUCACUGAUUUAACAUGCUAUUAUGCUUUGUAGAAAGUGAUUCUGUUUUCAUUGACUUGCCUGAGGUUUGUUCUGACAUAUGUGUACAUGUUUUAGAACAAGUGCAUGGAAAUGACUGGAGCUAAGUACAAAUGACACAAUUUAAUUUAUUGUGGAUGAUGUCAGCAUUUCAUGUAGAUUUAAUUAAUAUUUGUAUCUAUAUGCCAAUGUUAUUUAUGGCAUAUUUUUUAAUCAUCAUU